UUGAACCUAUUUGUUUGAUAUUUAAAUUAAUAAAACAUUAUCAUAUGCACACGGACGUCUUGGGUGGUUAAAAAAACAAUACAUUAUUCCAAGAAUAUGUGUACACUCAUGAUCCACAUACAUUUUCUUUUCGCAUUCAGUUCAUUUUAUUAACCGGCAGUGCUUUCUUCAGCUUGGGCCAACCAGAAUGAUGUUGAACACAUUUAGACACUUUCAUUAGGCAGAAUUACAGAAAUUACUUCUAUUAACAUGUGUUGUUUACUGCACACUGGUUUGACAUAGUGGUCAUUGUAUUUGUAAAUCUGCAUCCUUAAAAAAAAUGGUUAGUUUCACUUGAAAUGAUAAAGGACAGCCUCACCAUUUAAUAAUUUUAAUGAAAGUGGACCAACGCAAGGGGGCAGUGUCCCACCUGGCGGACAAAGAGCGCUGACCGUGGUGCUGGUAAAAGAAAAUUACGCUUCAAUACUUUGUAAAAAAGGUAUUUAAAAUGUGAGAAUAAACAAUAUACUUACUGCGAACAAGGUAAACGAUAAAUCAUUAUAUUUUCUUUUGAAUUGUUUUCUAUUAAUUACAAACAAAGUUGUUUAUUGCACAUAGGAAAUUCCAAAAACCAAAAUAAUAAUAAUGUAGGCUAUUAUAAUUGUUGUAUUAUUAUUAUCAUUAUUAUUAUUAUUAUUAUUAUUACUGUUGAUUGUUGUUUUCCCUUCUUUUUCUUCUUCUUUUGUAUAAGUAUUAUAACUAUAACUAGACAAACGAUGCAAAACAGAUCAGUUCACUUCACCAACACCAUUAAAAUGAGACUCAAAAAGUUACAUUUGACAUAAAAAGGAAAUAUUUCAAAGUUUAUUUUUUCUAAAUCGCAAAAUCCACAACAAUUAUACUUUAAAAAAGUUGAAGCAUUAAGAGGAACAAACAUGAUAUAUAGGCCUACUAUUAAAUGAAAAUAUUGUGGUUCUGUAAUAUAUUUUUUGAUAAUUCCCGCAUCUCCUCUGCCUCAGCUGCAGACUAAACGGACCCAAACCGCCAAACGGUGCUCCAUCCUCACAGAAACAUGACGCAUUUUCCAUCACUGGUAUAAAUACGCAGCAUCAUUCUCCGUGAGCAGCCGACACUCACAGUUCAGACUCUCUCUGCUGCGCGAGGCAGUCCCACAGUCCACUAUGCGCUCUUCAAGGUGCCACGGUGUGAUGCGCACCGGGCUCUCCAUCAAGUAACAGCAAGCUCUCCAAACCCAACCAACGAUGGAGGGCGCGAACAACACGACCGCCUGGCCUGAGUUUGACAACUCUUCCAGCAACAAAACCCUCACACCUGAAGACGAGGAGGUGAAGCUGAGUUAUCAAAUAGUCGCAUCCCUUGUGCUCGUGGCGCUCAUCCUGUGCGCAAUAUUUGGGAACGCGUGCGUCGUUGCAGCCAUCGCCUUGGAGCGGUCUCUCCAGAAUGUUGCCAAUUACCUGAUCGGUUCUCUGGCUGUCACAGACCUGAUGGUGUCGGUGCUGGUGCUGCCCAUGGCGGCGCUUUACCAGGUGCUAAACAGGUGGACACUCGGGCAGAUCCCAUGCGACAUCUUCAUCUCUCUGGAUGUUUUGUGCUGCACCUCGUCCAUCCUCCACCUGUGCGCCAUCGCCUUGGACAGAUACUGGGCGAUAACGGAGCCCAUAGAGUACAUGAAGAAGAGGACACCGAGGAGAGCCGCGGUCCUCAUCAGCGUCACCUGGCUGGUGGGAUUCUCCAUCUCUGUGCCACCGAUGUUAAUCAUGCGCUCCCAGUCCAGCAGCAUGGCAGAGGACAGGGCGAACCCAAAGCAGUGUAAGAUCAGGCAAGACCCCUGGUACACAAUAUACUCAACUUUCGGGGCUUUUUACAUCCCGCUGAUACUCAUGUUGGUUCUUUAUGGGCGGAUUUUCAAAGCAGCCAGGUUUCGCAUCAGGAGGACUGUGCGUAAAACGGAGAAAAAGAAAGUUGCCAACUCGUGUUUGGCACUAUCCCCAGCCCUGUUUCACAAAAAGAGUCCAGGGGAUGUGCAUGGCAAGAGCUGGAAACGGAGCGUGGAGCCCCGGCCACUGCUUAGUGUUAACGGUGCGGUGAAGCACGCGGAGGACGGAGAGUCUCUGGAGAUCAUCGAAGUUCACAGCAACUCCAAAGGCAACCUGCCGCUGCCCAACACCCCCAGCUCCGUGCCGCUGUUCGAGAACAGGCACGAGAAGGCGACAGAGGCGAAGAGGAAGAUCGCGAUGGCACGGGAGCGAAAAACGGUGAAGACUCUGGGCAUCAUCAUGGGCACCUUCAUCCUCUGCUGGCUGCCCUUCUUCAUCGUAGCCCUGGUCAUGCCAUUUUGCCAGGAGUCGUGCUACAUGCCCCGCUGGCUGGAGGAUGUCAUUAACUGGCUCGGCUACUCCAACUCUUUGCUCAACCCCAUCAUUUACGCAUACUUCAACAAAGACUUCCAGAGCGCUUUCAAGAAAAUUAUCAAGUGUCAUUUCUGCAGACCGUGAUGGACAUCCA